AUGUCGCUCGCCGCCCGCCCGGGGGGCGCGUGCUUGCACCGCGCCGCGCCGUGCCGCGGCUGCGACGCGGCGCGCGGCGGGCCCGUGCGCUUCGCGACCGACGCGGUCCCGGUCCCGACGCGGGUCGGCGCGCCCCGGGCGGCGGCGCGCGAGCGCUGCUGCCUCGGCACCGCACAACGAGCGCCCCGCGUCGUCGUCGCGGCCGCGCAGAAGCAGUCGCCGGUCGGGGACGGUCGGAGGGAGGGCGAGCCCCCGAUCCGCAUCAAGAAGGAGAAGUGGGGGCAGUCGCGGGGAGGCGCGGCGACGGGGGGGCGGAAGCGGCGCCAGCCUCGCCCGAGGACGGCGCCGCCACCCAGGGAGGGCGAGGGGCCGGCGCGGGCGUCGGCGCAGGAGCGGGCCGUGCCGGAGGCGGAGCAGACGGAGGAGUACUUCAGGAAGAAGUGGGACACGUCCGUGCCGGUCGAGUGGCCGAGCGAGGGCGACGGAGCGGGGCAGCAGCGCGGGUGGCUCUGGCAGGCGCUGGACGCGGCCGACACGAAGGGCGAGCUCAACCUCGAGGGGCUGCGCGCCAAGAAGUCGCUGGGGCAGAACUUCCUGACCGACGCGACGGUGCUCGAGGAGAUCGUGGCCGCCGCGGGCGUGGUCGAGGGGGACCUCGUGCUCGAGGUCGGGCCCGGGACGGGCAACCUCACGCGGCGGCUGCUCGACGCCGGCGCGCGCGUGCUGUGCGUGGAGAAGGACACGCGCCUGUUCGAGCGCCUGGUCAAGGACGCGCCCGCGGACGCCGCGGACCGCAUCCGCGCCAUCAACGUCGACGUGCUCAAGGUCGACAUCCCCGGGAUGGUCGAGGCGAUGCAGGACGAGGCGUUCUGGUCCGGCGACGAGGUCGACGCGGCGGACCGGCUCCGGCGGCGCAAGGUCAACACGCAGUACUGGGCGCAGGCCGACGCGUCGCGGGGGGCGCCGGGCGUGCGCCGGCGCGUCCGCGUGGUCGCCAACCUGCCGUACAACAUCACGACGGACUUCAUGAAGCGCUGCCUGCCCAUGGGCGACCACCUCGCCGACCUGUGCGUCAUGCUGCAGCACGAGGUGGCCGAGCGCCUCACGUCGAGCCGGCCGGGGGACGCGGACUACCGCGCGGUCAACAUCCAGGCGCUGCUCUUCUCGCGCCCCAAGUACCUCCUCUGGGUCUCGCGCAAGUCGUUCUUCCCCGCGCCCAACGUGGACUCGGCGCUGGCGCGCUUCGAGCUGCGCCGCCCCGGGGAGCUCCCGCGCCUGCCGUCGGUCGAGCGGUUCCUCGUCGUCGUGAACGCGGCCUUCUCGUCGCGCAGGAAGAUGAUCAAGAACAACCUCAAGGCGCUGUACAGCGUCGAGGCCGCGGAGGACGCGCUGGAGCAGGCGGGGCUCCCCACCACCGCCCGCGCGCAGGACCUGUCGGUCAAGGACUUCAUCCUCCUCGUCCGGGCGCUCGAGGGCGACCAGUAG